AUGGGUCUUGGUAAAAGCAAACUCAAGCCCCGGCAGCAUAAAGGGCUGAUCAACUUCGGACGGAAACGGGCGACGAAAGGAAACGCGGCCGCCUCCCCAGGUGGAACCGUAGAGCAGCGUCCCUUGCAGCUGAACACCCCCCGCAUCACUCUCACCCGUGCUUCCCGGGACAGUGUCAUCAGCCUGAGCGCUGUCCCCAGUGAAGAGCAGAAGCCCAUCCAUGAGUAUGCAGACUGGGGCCCCUACUUCCGACACAGGAGCCCCAGCACCAUUGCUGCCUUUGGUUCUCCUUCAUUGAAAUAAGGCAGUGCCCAGGACAGGUGCCCUGAGGGAUAGUGUGCAUCACCCAGCAUGCAGAGCUGGCAGAGGGCAGGAGUGACCUGGAUCAGAGGCAAAGGAUGCCAUCCACUGUGGAAGUAGCCAGCUAUGGCUGGAGAGGGAUAACAGGCAGUUGACUUCUUGAAAAACUUGGAGACUGAGUGCCACAGCUGGAAAGUGAGUGGUCCCAGACAGCUGUCAUCUGAGCUGGCUGGCAUGUGAAAGGACUGGAAGGAGUGACCAGGUGGCUUGAUCCUUACAAUAUGGGCCUGGAGCUGUCUGGGGAAGGGAGUGAACCAUGGGCUAGUCCCUCAGGGGCUCCCCAUUUACUGGCACCUGGCAUCAAACCCACCAUUCCAGUUUGGCUGUGGCACCUGGGUUGGUUUCUUCAGCUCCAAGGAGGCACCAUUUAAGCAUUAAACAGAACAAACUGA